AUGGCUCUAAACAUCUACAUCCGCAACUCCAACAUCCAGACGGGAGGGAGGAUCCUGCAGCGUCUCGCUGACUUUAGGUUCUUCCAUCCUGGAAGCCGCAAGUUCUUGACAAUGCUUGAUGCAUUCGAAAUCAACGGACAGACUGGAGAGCAUCCAUGCUUAGUACAUGAGCCACUAAUUAGUUACCAGCCUUUUGCAUCUCCAAGCUAUUUUUGCUGGCCAUCGUAUGCCGGGAAAUGCGCUCCAAGCACAACUAAACGAGGCUAUUUACAAACCAAAAAUAUCGUGGUGGUACGACAAACCCCAAGAUAUUUGACGAAUGGGAUAAGCUAUAAGUUACUUCAAAUCCCAAAAAGAAUGCUAGCUGAAAAUCCAACUCCCUGGAAAGCUGUUGGCGAUCGUACAGUUUACAAGAUCUCGAAUGUUCAAAGCAAAGCUGGGGGUUCACCAAUCCUGGCAGACUUCGGGACGGCUCGAAUCGCCGAGGGAGAGCAGGAAGGCCUCUUUCAGCCAUUCAUCUACUGUGCACCUGACGCUAUCUGGGCAUGGAGUGAACAGAGAAAGUGGAUAUUUGGAAUCUUGGAGUUCUAUGGUGAGAGCCCUGAUGGAAAACAUUCGAAUGCACAUUUCCCUGCUGCAGUAAUCGCAUUACUUGGCCCACCGCCGGUUGGUCAUGUGCUGAAUCAAUGGAACUGUGAUACGAGGGCGUGGAGAGGUAUGGUUAUUACUCCUGAAAUUCUCUUGAAAUGUCGAAGGAUUACCUUGAAGGGAAAUAUAGAAAAUAGGAAAUUCUUCAUGCAGUUUAUCCGGAAGAUGCUGACAUGGGCUUCGGAAGCCGGACUCAGCGCCCGAGAACUCUUGGUGACGAAUGGCUGA